UAUUAUUAUUCGUCUCACAAUUAAAGUUGAAAGAAAAGUUUUAUCAUUACUAUUGCCAAUAAUAGUUAUUAUUCAAUAAAUAUAUUUGUUUUGAUGGUCAAAUAUGUCAUGGUUGAGUAUAUUUGACGAAUAAUAUAAUAAAUAAAAACAAAAACUAUAAUUUCAAAAAGAUGAGCUUGUGAUCAUAGUUUCACCAUCAUCAAAUUUUAACUCAUUGUUGGAUUUCGAUAUUCCACUAAUAAAAGAAUAUGAACAAUGAAUCAUGAAACGACUAGUGUUUUGCGCGCAUUUCUUUCAAUUCCUCAAAAAAUCGACGCACGUGCACAGUUCCAUGCGUCUAACCUAAAAGUUGUGGUCAUAACUGUCCAAGUCAAUAAUAAAUAUAAAAUUAGAUUCAACUUACUUUGAGAAAAUAAACAGAGUAAUAUACAUCAAAUUUUCAAGUAAAUUUGGUGAGAAAAAAGUAAAAAUGGAACUAUUCGUGGUUAACAGGUACGAGGGUACUGAGUCAGCUGAACCAAAAAGUGACACGAACCAUCUGUCCGAUCUUUUGAAAAAAAUUGAGGAGAGAAAAAAACAGAAAUAUGCCCAGUCGCAGGAAAAAACAGCUUCAGAAAAAAAUCAAUGCCUAUCGAGCGCCAUGGGAGUUUCUCGCAAAAAAGCAAAGAAACGCAAAAUAAAAACGGAUAAUAUCCCGAAAGAAACAACAGAAAAAUCAGAAGUGGAAGCAUUUUCUAAAAAUUUGGAGCACCAGAGUGUAGCUUUGGAACAGUCAGAAAAUGAAAAUUUAGAAAAUUUGAAACAAGGACAAGAGUUUAUGAUUCUGGGUUCAGGUUCCAAGAAAAAGGCUAAAGCAGUUCACAGGGUUUUGCCCCGUUGGUUGGCGCAUCCGGAAAUCAUCUCUUCGGACCUUAGCAGCGGACCAGAUUUGGAGGAUUUGAAGGGAGAUUUGGACCCGAAGCUUGUAGAAAUUCUUAAAUCAAACGGUUUGGUUAAAUUAUUUCCGGUUCAAGCGAGCAUCAUACGAUGGCUAUUGAAAUGUAACAGGGACAGACGAAUUGGUUGGUGGCCAAGGGACACGUGCGUUUCGGCUCCAACUGGAAGUGGAAAAACCCUGGCGUACGUUCUUCCAGUAAUACAGCACUUGCAAUCACGUUUAGUUCCAAAAAUUCGCUGCUUAGCAGUUUUACCGGUGCAAGAACUUGCAGCGCAGGUGUACAAAGUUUUCAUCACGUACAGCGCACACACGAAUCUUCGAGUGAGCCUUGUUUCCGGAGCUGCUUCAUUCGAGGCUGAACAAGACAAUCUCACAAAAAAAAGUGAAGGAGGCGAAAUUUCCAGCAGAGUUGACAUUGUCGUUGCAACCCCAGGCCGGCUCAUUGACCAUAUCGAAAAAACUGCUGGUUUCUCUUUGGAUGAUCUCCAAUAUUUAAUCAUUGACGAAGCGGAUCGAUCCACCGACUGGUUGCAAUAUAUUCCAGCUCCGCACUCACGAGCACCACCUCUCACUCUAGGCAACGUUCUUACAAGCCCGCGUAUCCCGGCGCAAAAGCUUUUGUUCAGCGCUACAUUGUCUCAAGAUCCGGAAAAAUUGAGCAGGCUCGGUUUGUUGCAGCCGAUAUUAUUUACGUCAGUCCAAAUCUCGGACAGAGACGACGAUGUGGAUUUGGACAAGGAAAUCGACAAUUUCACCGGGCGAUAUACGAGCCCCGAUGAAUUGAAAGAACGAGCAAUAAAAUGUGAAGCCGAGUACAAACCACUGGCGUUACGGCAAUUACUCGUAGCUAACGAGCCCAUCGAGAAGACUCUCGUUUUCACGAAUUCUGGUGAAUCUGCUCAUCGAUUGGCGAUUCUUCUUCGUUCAAUUGUCAACACUAAAAAUAUCACCGUUGACGAAUUGUCCGCUCAGUUGGUCCCUAAACAACGAUGCAACGUUCUCAAAAAAUUUGCUGAAGGCGAAAUUGAUGUGCUCAUCAGUUCAGACGCGUUAGCUCGAGGUUUGGACAUUCCUGGUAUAAAGUUAGUGGUAGCUUACGAUUUACCAAAGCACAUUGAGGGUUACAUUCACAGAGCUGGUAGAACAGCAAGAGCUGGAACGCCAGGAACGGCGGUAUCGAUUUUAACGUCAAAUCAGACGGCGUCAUUCACGAGGAUGUUGAGUUCAGCGAACAAGACAGUCCCGACGUUGGAAAGCUUCGAUUCACUGAGCGAAAUCGCAGAAUCGAUAAACUACGAGGAGCACAUUGAAAAAUUGAAGGAAACGUUGGCCGAAGAACAACUAGCAUCAAGUGAAAAGGGGAAAAUGCUUAAACGAAGAUGCGGAUCGAAAAAAUGAUGAAAUCGAAGGCUCGAUCAAUUGUAUAAAAGAUUAAUAAAUGGUCGUAUAACAUCGAUAA